AGUGACUUUACCGAAAGAACCAAGAAGAUGAAUCCCUGCAGUGACGAAAGCUUUAAAUAGAAAUCCAACAGCCCUUGUUAAGGGGCUGUGUGUGUGUGACACACACGCGCAUGUUGCAAGGCGUGUCUAUCUUGUUUAUAUAUCUAACUUGCUUUAACUCGGACCCUGUUUAAAAUCGGCAAUCACCUGACGGCCUGGGAGCCAGAAAAACAACAACCUCAGCGAUCGCGCCUCCUCUUCCUCCUCUUCUUCCUCCUCGUGUCUCCUACCUCGUUCGUUCACCUGGAGGGGUUUCAUCUUUCGACGAGAAGAUGUGGCCCGUGCCUCGUUACCGCGGUCUACAAGCGCCUGAGACGAGGACGACGAUGUUGAUGUUGUUAGCGAUGGUGACGAUGUGCCGAGCCUGCAGUUACGAGAAUUGUCCCACGUCCCAUCCAGAUAUGAUCAACGUUCACUUAGUUCCACACACGCAUGAUGACGUGGGGUGGCUCAAAACCGUCGACGAGUACUACUAUGGAGAAAAAAACGACAUCCAGCACGCGGGGGUCCAGUACAUCUUGGAUUCGGUGAUUCCUGCGUUGGAACAGAACCCGUCCCGUCGCUUUAUCUAUGUGGAGAUGGCCUUCCUGAAGCGCUGGUGGAAACAGCAGGGAGAAGCCAUGCGGCGGCGUGUGCGUGCACUUAUAUCGCAAGGACGCUUGGAGAUCAUCAACGGCGGCUGGUGCAUGAACGACGAGGCGACGACACACUACAAUGGCAUCAUCGACCAGAUGACCCUGGGGCUGCGCUUCGUGAGCGAUGAGUUCGGGGGCUGCGCCCGUCCGCGUGUCGCCUGGCACAUCGACCCGUUCGGUCAUUCGCGCGAGCAGGCAUCCCUCUUCGCGCAGAUGGGCUUUGAUGGCUUCUUUUUUGGGCGACUGGAUUACCAAGACAAAGAGCAGCGUAUGAAGGACAAGCAGAUGGAGUUGGUGUGGAGGGCCAGCAAAAGCAUGGGACCGCCUGUGGCCGACCUAUUCACAGGUGUGCUGUUCAAUGGCUACAACCCGCCACCCGGCUUCUGCUUCGAUCAGUUCUGUGACGAUGAGCCCAUCCAGGAUGACCCCAGCCUCUUCAACUACAACGUGGACUCUCGCACAAGUGAUUUUCUCAAGGAAGUUGCCAAACAGGCCAAGUUUUAUCGCACAAACCACAUCAUCAUGACCAUGGGCUCUGACUUCCAGUACGAAAACGCCAACCUCUGGUUCAAGAAUCUGGACAAGCUCAUCACCUAUGUCAACCAGCUGCAAGUGAACGGCAGCAAGGUUAACUUGGUGUACUCCACGCCAACCUGCUACCUCAAUGAGCUAAACAAAGCAAACCUCACCUGGACUGUGAAGGAGGACGACUUCUUCCCGUACGCAGACGGCCCUCACCAGUUCUGGACUGGAUACUUCACGAGUCGCCCGGCCCUCAAGCUCUUUGAGAGGCGCAGCAAUAACCUCCUGCAGGUUUGCACUCAGCUGGAGGUGAUCGUGGGGAGCGGCGCAGCUAGAGGACCCUUGGGACGUGGGUACAGCUUCCUGCUGUGGGAGGCGAUGGGGGUAGCUCAGCACCACGACGCCGUGUCCGGCACGGAGAAGCAGCAGGUCGCCUACGAUUACGCCGUGCGUCUCUCCCUCGGCUGGGACAGCUGCCAGAUGCUCGUCAGCAAUGCGCUGUCUGCUCUGUCCGGGAGCGGAAAGCCCACGGAGAUCUGCCGCUAUCUCAACAUCAGUGUCUGCCCAGCCACGGAGAGUGCUAGCGCGUUUACGGUGGUGUUGUACAACCCUCUGGGACGAAGCGUCACGGAGAACGUGCGUCUGCCCGUCAAUGGUUCCCGCUACCUGGUGCAGGAUCCCAGCGGGGCCACCAUGGUGUCCAAGGUGUUCCCCGUGUCGGAUGCGACGCGUGCCGUUCGCCGAACCCUGGGCACUGCCUCCGGCGAGCUCGUCUUCCAGGCGGCGAUCCCUCCUCUGGGAUUCGCCCGCUUCUCUGUGAGCCGAGCCGCCCGGCGGCCCGCAGAGGCCCUCACCGGAUUUGUGGCGCGCGGCCCAAGAGCCGGAGGCAACGGGGCUCCCAUCUCCAUCAAAAACGAGUACUACACGCUGACAUUUGAUGGAAUCUCGGGACUCCUGAGCAACGUGGAGAACAGGAAGAGCUCCCUGUCACUGCCUGUGACACAGAACUUCUACUGGUACAAAUCAAGCAAGGGUGACGAUGACAACGGUCAGGCCUCCGGCGCGUACAUCUUCCGUCCAAACUCCUCCGAAGCCUUCCCUGUCGCCAAAUCCGCGGUCACGCACUUCACCGUUGACCCCUUGCUGCAGGAGGUGCGCCAAGUCUUCUCGCCCUGGUGCUCCCAGGUAAUUCGUCUCUACCCGGGCAAGCCGUACGUGGAGCUGGAGUGGACCUUGGGGCCCAUCCCUCUCGCGGACAAAAUUGGCAAGGAGGUUUUGGUUCGGUUUGACACUCCGUUAAAAACCGACGGUGUGUUCUUCACCGACUCGAACGGCAGGGAGAUUCUGGAGCGCAGGAGAGACAAAAGGCCAACGUGGCCCUUGAAUCAGACGGAACCCGUGGCCGGCAACUACUACCCGGUCAACAGCCGCAUCUACAUCAAGGACGAGAAGAUGCAGCUGACAGCUCUGACGGAUCGCUCUCAGGGCGGAGCCAGCAUUCGCGACGGGUCCUUCGAGCUCAUGCUCCACCGGCGGCUUCUUUAUGACGACCACCGCGGGGUGGACGAGGCUCUCAACGAGCCGGGCGUGUGGGGCAACGGCCUGGUCGUCAGGGGGCGGCACCUGCUGGUGCUGGAGGCACCGGCACGAUCGGCCGCGCUGCAUCGCCCGCUCGCUCAGGCCGAGUUCAUGGCGCCCAUGCCACUCAUUGGGCCGCCUGUGCAGGCUUGGCCAUCAUCCACGCUCACCCAGUUUUCGGGGCUGACCCGGCCACUGCCGCCGAGCGUCCACCUCCUGACACUGGCGCCAUGGGGCGACGGCUCGGUGCUGCUGCGGCUCGAGAACCAGUUUGAGCGCGACGAGGACGCGGCGCUGUCAGGAGAAGUAACCGUCGAGCUCACGGGGUUGUUCUCGCGGUUCGAGAUCACGUCGCUGGAGGAGCUCACCCUAGCAGCCAACCAGCGCAAGGCCGACAUGAAGAGGAUGCGGUGGAGCACAGAAUCGAACGACAUUGAGAAGCCAUGGCAGCAGGGACAGACCGAGUCUGCCCUUUUGGCGAUCACUCUGCAGCCUAUGGAAAUCCGCACGUUUAACGUUACCAUUAAGUAUUUGUAAACACAAGCCUGACCAAUCACACACUGUGUCUUGCACUUCCAAUGUCUCGGAGGAUAAAUUUUGUAGCUAUUAUAAGUCAGGGUUUUGGGGUGGGGGAGUUUGUAAGUAUUCACCCAGAUUAUGCAAAACAGAUCUGGGCCAAUUCCACGGUAACAGAAUUGCAGAGAAAAAAUUAACUUGAUUAGGGCAUAACAUUUCACGUAAUAAAGGCAGUUCUCGUUCCACGAUUUGAUCAUUAGUAUUAUCAUAAAGUGGCUUUUCUAUGUGGGCAUGGUAUGUUGACCAAUUCGGGACUGUGUAAUUCAGAUGUAAAUGUCAAUCUUAAGUGAGAAAUUUUCAUAAUAUACCGCGGUGUUGGACAUACUUGGACGAACUGACUUUUUCACAUAAGCAUUGAAUUUUCUGUACGUGUAAAACUAUUGACUCCAUCCAUAACCAAGCCAUAUUUUCUCAACUACCUUUAAUGUAAAACUCCAAGAGUAAUUUCAGGACGAUUUGUUUUUGGUUGAGGCUGCCGAAUUUGUGGAUCGAUCCAUCGCCAUCAUGUGGGGUUCUAAAUGUUUAGAAAUGCAACUGAGUGUUGGUUUUCGCUCUUGUGCUGUACGGCUCUCCGAUGUGUAUUUUCGGCUUGUGCCACAUGGAGUUCAGCAUGGUGUCCAACAAUUCUCUCCAUAUUGCUGUGUUUGGGACUCCUGCAAAAACAACCAUGUGCAGCCAGCAUUGGAGCACGUGGAGCGAAACGUCCGGGACAUCGUGCUGAACAACACGUGGUACCAGAAAUCGCAUCUGAGAGUUUUUUUUUUCAACAGCAAUGGCAUUUGCACGUAAUGUAAAUUCCAAUAGUAAAUCCAAAUCGUAAAUCCAAAUCGUAAUCAUGACAAUUGAAUCAACGUGGUGGGAAUCGUUACAGUCAUUCAGAAUCAGACUUUUAAUAUAUACUGGAGGAAUCCGAUGCGCUAUAAAGCUCUUUAGCACAUAUUCGUUACGCUAUCACACACACGUGAGUGACACUAGCAAUGAGAUUCUUGCCAGCUUUGAUGUGCGUCUUUGAUCCCUUAAUCCUUUAUGAUGUGUAAACCAAUGCUCUUACCUCAAAUACUGAUUGGUCCACACGCUAAAUGUGGCACUGUAUUAAUGUAACGGUGUUUUGUAAUUGUGAUAUAAUUU